UGAUAAGGUUGAGCGCAGAAACGGCCAAAUCCUCGCGCUACAGUCUCAUCCACCGCUACCGUUAGCCACAGUAGCAGUGUGUUUUUUCCCCCCUUUCACUGAAAAUUACCCUCUUAAAUCUUAGGAACAUGUUGCUUAUUGGAAUAGCUGGCCUUGGAAAAUGAAACUAAUUUCUCCACUUUCGAUGGAGGACAAAUACUCCUCUGUACGACGUCGGUAGCCGGGCGUGUUUAGCGAGUCGUUUCGUUUGGACACCGAGGAGAGGCUCAUCUGUCCGCCGCUGCUGCUGCUGCUGCUGCUCCCCCCCUCAGCGGGGAUUUGGACAAAGCCAGUCAGAUGUUGGACGACAGGAAACAUAUUCGGAACUCUGUCGGUUUUUAGGCCGGGUUUUUGAAACGGCAUUUUUUAUUUUAUUUUUUACCCGAACUCCACUCGUGAAAGUGACGGCGGCAAGCCAGCUUAGAGGGGCGAGAGUUGGGAUCUGGCAACGAGGGAAGGAGGAGGAAGAAGCCGCGGGGGAAGAAGGGACGAAGGGGCCGAGAUCCUGAUGCCAGUGAUGGCAAACGAGCCGAUCAUCCUGAACGUCUAUGAUAUGUACUGGAUCAAUGAGUUCACCAGCUCUCUGGGCAUUGGAGUCUUUCACUCAGGGAUCGAGAUCUAUGGAAGAGAGUUUGCCUAUGGUGGACACCCAUACCCAUUCUCAGGGAUCUUUGAGAUCACUCCGGGCGACGCAACUGAACUUGGCGAAACAUUUAAAUUUAAAGAAGCCAUAGUCCUGGGUAGCACAGACUUCACAGAGGAGGACGUGGAGCGGAUCGUGGAGGAGAUGGGGAAGGAGUACAAGGGCAACGCCUACCACCUCAUGCACAAGAACUGCAACCACUUUUCCUCAGCACUUUCAGAGAUCCUGUGUGGCAGGGAGAUCCCUCGUUGGGUCAACCGCCUGGCCUACUUCAGCUCCUGCGUGCCGUUCCUCCAGAGCUGCCUGCCCAAAGAAUGGUUGACCCCUGCUGCCUUACAGUCCAGCGUGAGCCAGGAGCUGCACGCAGGCGCCGGAGAGCUGGAGGAGGCGGAGGACGCCGCCGCCACCGCCUCCCUGGCCUCCUUGUCACCUUCGUCCUCCUCCAGCCCCUCCUCCUCUUUGCCUCGACACCUUCGCCCGCAGCCCCGCAGAUGCUGCAGGAUGAGUCGUGCUGAAAACCGAGAGCGGCUGACGGGUUGAAAGGAUCUUUGGGACGAUCGAUGUUUCUGAAGAGUCAAACCUGACAAAUCCUGGUUGAACUUUACUGUAUUUCUAAUAGAAAACUCUGGCCUUUUUUUUUGUUGUUGUCAAUUUUGUUUAUUUUUGAGAAACUCAGGACUCGUAAAGGCUUUGCAGUUUGAACCGUUUCUUUGUUUUUUUCACGUUUUAUGCUGUGGUUCCUUUUUCUAAAGCAGUAGAUGCUCAGCGACACACUGUGCCAGAGCACUUUUGUAUUCCACUCGAAAUGAAAAACCUUUUGUUUACUAUCUCUUUUUUUACAUGUAGAAAUCUGUUCACUCUCUUUUCUAAACGAUGUAGUAUCAGGCUGUCGACUGUCAACACCUUUACAAAUGUAGCACUGAUUCAAAAUGU